CUUUCUCUAUAAAUAUAUGAAUUUGCAACAACAAAAAAGAUGUCUAAAUACAAACUGAUUGCACUCAUAAUGGAUUUAGCUCUUAAAGAAUCCACAUCAAAGAAAGAAGAAGAUCAUGAACAUGCUCGUGUUCAAAUGUGGAACUACAUCUUUGGCUUCACUGAAGUGGCAAUAAUAAAAUGCGCCAUCGAGCUCAAAAUCGCGGACACCAUCGAAAGCCAUGGCAGUCCCAUGACACUCUCGAAAUUAUCAUCAGCUUUAAACUGUUCUCCACCCCUCCUCUAUCGCAUCCUGCGAUUCCUCACCCACCGCGGGAUUUUCAAAGAAGAAACCACAGCACAGAAUCUCACAGGCUACGCCCAAACACCGUUGUCCCGCCUGCUGGCCAGCAACAGCAACAACAGCAUGGCUCCAUUUCUGUUGCUGGAGAGCAACCCCGUGAUGCUGGCGCCGUGGCACAACUUGAGCGCACUAAUUAAGGCCAAAGACGGCACCCCAUUUGAGGCCACUCAUGGGAAGGAUUUGUGGAGUUACACUGCGGCUGAUCCAACGCACAACAAGAUUUUCAAUGAUGCCAUGGCCUGCGCUGCGAGGGUGAUCACUGUGCCGGCAAUUCUUGAAGGCUGUGGAGAGAUUUUUGAAGGGGUUGGAUCUUUGGUGGAUGUGGGAGGAGGAAAUGGCACAAGCUUGAGCAUGAUUGUGAAGGCCUGCCCUUGGAUCCAAGGCAUCAACUUUGACCUUCCACAUGUUGUUUCUGUUGCACAAGAAUGCGUGGGAGUGCAACAUGUUGAGGGCAAUAUGUUUGAUUGCAUCCCCAAAGCUGAUGCUGCUUUCAUUAUGUGGGUUCUACAUGAUUGGAACGAUGAAGAUUGCAUCAAAAUUCUGAAGAACUGUAGAGAUGCCAUUCCGAAAAAGAUUGGAAAAGUGAUAAUUGUAGAAGCAGUCAUUGAUGGGAAUGAAGAGAACAAUUUAUGGGAUGUGGGGCUGUUGCUUGAUAUGGUGAUGAUGGCUCAUACCAACAAGGGCAAGGAGAGGACAUCUGAGGAAUGGGCCUAUGUGCUUCACAAGGCUGGUUUUACCCGAUACACCAUUACUCCCGUUAAAGCUGUUCAAUCUGUUAUUCAAGCUUUUAUUUGAUGUGUAUCUAGAAAAGAAAAUUUGAAUCUACUCUUCUCGUACCGAGUUAUUAAUUAUAAUAAAAACGAGGUUAAUUAACUUAAGCAU